AUGAAGGCUUAUAGGGCAGCUGCACGCAACGCCGGCGCUUCUCUUACAGCCCAGAGAUGCGCUGCCGUGGCUCGUCGCCAUGCCAGCUCCGGACCUCGCCGGCCCGGUGGGAAUUCGGGUAUAGGCAAGGCCAAGGCACUACUUCUGACUGCAGGAACUGCUGGUGCCCUGUACUACGCCGAUGACUACUUCAACGGACCUCUGAGCCAAUACUUUGGCUCCAAGAAGGCUGAGAUCAAGUUUGAGGAGUCGAGGAAGGCGGCCCAGUCAAAGGAGGAGAACCGCGACCUCAUCAGCUCGCAGCAUCUCCAGGUCAAGCAGAGUUGGGAGAACCCGGGCGUCUAUGCCUGGGGAAGCAACGUCGGCAAAGUCAUCGACCCGCAGUCCAAAGAGACUCUCGUCAAGCUGCCGAGACGGAUCAAGUAUUUUGACGGCCAGCUGCUGAGAGACAUCAAACUGUGCCAAGACUUUGGCGCUGCCGUCACUGAGAAGGGUGAUCUCGUGCAAUGGGGUUUAGGCUUCUCGAAUACCGACCCUUCACCCGUUGAGACGCUCAAGGGCAAAGACAUUUCCAAGAUUUCCAUCUCCAACGACCGUAUCAUCGCACUCACCUCCAGCGGGUCGGUAUACUCAGUUCCAGCAUCAAAGACCGGCCUGGCACCGGGGAAACAGCUACAGCAGCCCCAACCGUCAUCAUCCUCCUGGAUCCCCUUCUGGAGCUCGCCCGAAUCCGAGUCCGUCAAGGCCAGAAACCUGACCCCCAAGAACCUCGCCUGGGGCGAAAAAGUCACAGACAUCAGCAGCGGUCUCCAGCAUAGCCUUCUCCUCACCUCAAAGGGCCGCGUCUUCUCCGCCGCCUCCAGCACGGCAGAGUACCCCUCCAAGGGCCAGAUGGGCAUCCCGGGUCUGAGCUGGACCUCCCGCCCGGCCGGCCCCUUUGACCAGGCCCAUGAGAUCGCCGGCCUCUCGGGCUUCUCCAUCGCCAAGAUCGCCGCCGGCGAUUUCCACUCCGCCGCCCUCGACAAGGACGGCAAGCUCUUCACCUUUGGCGACAAUACCUAUGGCCAGCUCGGCCUCCCCGCGGACCAGGGCUACCAGAGAGUCGACGUUCCCUCCCUCCUCCCCACCGCCAAACUCUACGCCAACACCGGCCUCGUCCCCAAAAUCACGUCAAUCUCCGCCGGCGGCAAUAACACUUUCUUCACCGUCGACGCUACCGAAGCCAUCAACGAGAACCCCUUCGCAGCAGCAGCAUCAUCCUCCUCUAUCACCGGCGAUAUCGCCCCCGCCCGCCGCAUGCCCCGCGUAACAGCAGACUUCUGGGCCUGCGGCCAAGGCGUCUACGGAUCCCUAGGCACCGGCAAAUGGACACACGUAACCCCCGGCCCCGCCAAAGUAAAAGCCCUCUCCUCGCUCUUCGAGUUCGACGAAACCGCCAACCGCAUGGCGCCCAUCCGCCUCGCCGACGUCUCCGUCGGCGCGACGCACGUCUCGGCGACCAUGGACAACGUCACACGGACCGGCGCAACGACGCGGAGCUCGCACAACGACACCAACUGGGGCGCCGACGUGCUCUUCUGGGGCGGCAACGAGCACUACCAGCUCGGUACGGGCAAGCGCAGUAACCUUAAUGCGCCCGCGUACAUUGGGGCCCUGGACGGCGGUGUGGGCGACGGGCUGAACGGUCGCGCGGGCGAGGUGCAUCGAUUCCAGCUUACACCGCGGCAGACUGUUCGGCUGGGGAAGGAUGGUAAGGGUAGGAAGGUGAGUCUGGAGCAGAGAGUUGAGUGUGGGCGGUUUGUGACGGCUGCCUACUCGGCCGUCUGA